GCACGGCCCCGCCCCCUGCAUACUGCCAGCCGCUGGAGCUAGCAGCAGCAGCAGCAGCAGCAGAGCAAAUGUUAGUGCACACAUUGAAUGAAAGUCAGUGUAGCGGGCUGUGACCACCAGCAGCUGAGACCGUCUCCCCUCAGUGAAGUUAUCCGACGGCGUGACUUCACCUGCGGAGACUUUUAACAGCCGACACGAGCUCACACGUUGGCAGAGGACGGGUCGGAGACAUUUGUGGAAGGGGAAGGUGAGAGACGUUUGAAUUACUCUCAUCACACACCAAGUAUUUCUGGUUAGACAGGACCGGGCGGUGCGGGGCAAUGCAGCGGGUCACGGCGCAGCUCGUCGCCGGGCUGGUCGCAGCGGUACUGUCGCUGCUGGCGGAGCAGUGCUGGGCGGACGGCGGGGGCCCCAGCCUCGCUGAACGAGUAAUCUGGGCUGUAAACGCCGGAGGUGAAGCACAUAUAGACGUGCACGGUAUUCACUUCAAAAAGGACCCGUUGGAAGGGAAGGUCGGCAAAGCGUCUGAUUACGGGGUGCGUCUGCCGAUCCUGCGCUCCAGUCCAGAGGACCAGAUUCUGUACCAGACAGAGCGCUACAACGAGGACACGUUCGGAUAUGACGUUCCCAUCCGAGAGGAAGGAGACUAUAUACUAGUGAUGAAGUACGCAGAGGUUUACUUCGCCCAGUCACAGCAGAAGGUGUUUGACGUGCGUCUAAAUGGCCACACGGUGGUGAAGGACCUGGACAUCUUUGACCGAGUGGGCCACAGCACCGCUCAUGACGAGAUCGUGUCCUUUUCUAUUCGACGUGGGAAGCUGAGCGUGCAGGGAGAGGUGUCCACUUUCAACGGCAAGCUCACGGUGGAGUUUGUGAAGGGUUAUUAUGACAACCCCAAGGUCUGCGCUCUCUACGUGAUGAAGGGGACAUUAGAAGAUGUGCCAAAGCUUCAGCCUCACCCUGGCUUGGAGAAGCCUGAGGAGGAGGAGGAAGAAGAGGAGGAAACUGAGGGAGGCGAGGAAGGUGGGAAGAAAAAGCUCCCACCAGGUUCCAAGACCAGAGUCCAGUCGGGCCCGCGAACACCAAACCCAUACGCAGCCGACAACAGCAGCCUAAUGUUCCCCAUCCUGGUGGCGUUUGGGGUUUUCAUCCCCACACUGUUCUGCCUCUGUCGGCUGUGAGCCACAACCAGCCACUGGGGAGGAGGCGUCAAACGGACAGACGUGAGACUAUGAAGAGAGGGGGAGGGAGGGAGGCAGG